CUGUGCCAAAUCAGUGUAGGCAUUCUAGGCACAACAAGAUGCCGCAUCCUUGUGGAACCCUUGGCUGGAAAGCCGCAUCGCUGUGGCUGGUGAUUGGGCCGCACUUUGUGGUGAGCCAGUCGCUGCUCCAAGCUCUGUCCAACGAGCGCCCAGAUCCGGCGGUGUUUCCUUCGCCGCAAAACCCCCACCACUUGCCACCGGCUGGCACCAAUGUGACGGGCCCGAAGUCCACCAACAAGUUCUGGGCCAAUUGGGUGGUGGAGGAGGGCCGCGAUCUGGCGAUCCACCCCAUGCCCUACGUGCUGAAGUUCGAGUCUUCGCCGCCCAACAUGAAGAUCUCCAGGUCAUCUGCGCCCCACAUCGUGUACGGGGACUCGCAGACCAACGGCCCGGACAAGGUGCGGUACUACUUCUCGCCCUUCAUCAAUGAGUUUGGUUUGGGAGCAGUGGAGAGUGCUGGGCCUGAGGGUCACGUGGUGGUGAAGGAGGGGCUCUUUGGAUUGCAUGCUGAGGUGCGCGGGCCGAGUGGCACAGAUCGCCGGAUCCUCUUCCCCAUCUACAGCGGGAUGGCCUACGUGUCCGGCCUCUACGAGGGCUUCACUCCGCAGGUGACCUCCGAGCGGGCCUUGCUGUUGCUGGAGCCCGUUGCUAAUGGCAUUUGGAGGCUCCUGAACAACGGGGGCAAGGAGUUCCGGCUCUAUGCCAUUGACCCUGCGGGCAACUUCGCGGAUGCAUCCUUUGAGUUUGGCCCAGAUGGGAAGAUGAACAAGGCGUUCCAUGGCUGGAUCCGUCUGGCGGAGGUUCAGGCACCCGAAGAUCAAGCGAUCCUGGACUUGCACGCUCCAGCAGUCCUCAUAGACUGGGAGCUGGACGUGCCGGGCGGCGGGGCCGUGAAGUACCACUUCACCAAGCACGGCUCGGUGCCCACACAACUCCUUCAUUUUGCCUACCCGCACCACGAGAAGCUGAUGACGGGGAACACCCAGCAGGUUGCGCAGCUCACACGCAUGAGAGCGCCCACCAAGGGCCGGAUGGCAGGCGUGACCGGGGACCAGUGGCACCUGCAGGUGAGCACCUCCGAGGAGGACGGCUUGGAUUUCCUCCCGAAGACAGCGCCACAAGACCAUCGAGUAGGGGAGCUGAGCCAGAAGGCUUUGGACACCUUGGCCUGGUUCCUGGACUCCGAGCAGUGGAAGCAGGCCAUGUUCAAGGGUAGCUACUACUUCAGCGGGAAAGGCUUCCAGAAGGUGGCCUAUACCUGCUUGAUGCUGGAGAAGUUCUUUGGGCUCGGCAGCACUCACACGCAGAACUGCGCCGACAUCUUGAAGAAAGGCUUCCAGUGCUUGUACGUGCCGGGCACGGCCGGUUGCGCUGGUGCGCCCCUGGGCCUCUACUACGACCACUGGUGGGGAGGCGCUGCCAGCCGCGAGGGGUUCUCGGACAAGGGCUGCCGGACGGCAGACUUUGGCAACGCCUGCUACAACGACCACCACUACCACUUCAGCUACUUCGUGGUGUCGGCAGCCGCUUUGGUGAAGCUUCAGCCGGAGAUGGCGGCAGACGCAGGCUUCGUGUCCUUUGUGGACACCUUGAUCCGAGACACCACCAACCCCAGUUCGCAGGAUGGCUACUUUCCGGUGUUUCGCUCCUUUGAUUGGUUCGACCUGCACUCCUGGAGUCGUGGCGUGAUUCCCAGUGCCGAUGGGAAGGACCAGGAGUCGACUUCGGAGGAGUUGAAUUUACUCUACGGCAUCCGGCUGUGGGGCAUGGUCUUGCAGAGGACUGCGCUUCGAGAUCUCGGCACCACCAUGCUUGCCUUGUGUGCGGCAACAAUCCGGGAGUUCUUCUUGAUGAAGUCCGACAAUGAGCACCACCCCGCAGACUUUGCGGCAAACCACGCAACUGGCAUCUUCUUCCAGAACAAGGUGGACUAUGCCACAUGGUUCGGUUGGAGGUAUGAGUUCAUCCAUGGCAUCCAGAUGUUGCCAGUGACUCCGGCCCUGCUGCUGACCCGGACACAGGAGUUCUGCAGACAGGAGUGGGACAACGUGCUGUCGCGCCUGCCGCUGAGCCUGACUGAUCCUUGGACCUCACUGCUUCUCACAGGGAACCUGGCCAUCAUCGAUCCGGAGGGAGCCUAUGAGAGGCUCAGCGCCAUGUCGCCCCAGUUCAUGGACGAUGGCCUGACCUGGGUCUGGUCUCUCUACUGGUCGGCGAGCUUGUCAGCUCCGGUGGGAAGCACGACCAGCGCCGCCUCAACUCUGCCCAUGGGGCCUGGAGAUGUGAACGUGGCCCUGGAUCGUUUGGCCGUCGCCUCCUCUGAGGCCGCGCCCGAGCUCGGCGCUGCUCGCGCGGUGGAUGGCCUCUUCGUCACCUACUGGAGCCCAGCAGCCAGCGACGAGGACCCGUGGAUCUCGGUGGACCUGGGCACCGUGCAGGCCCUGUCUCACAUCGUCUUGUACUGGGGCGAGUUCUACCCCCUCAGCUACUGGGUCCAGGCCAAGGAUGAUGUGUCGGACUGGUCCACUAAGGCCGUGAACCUUGGGGGGUCCGGCAAUCUGCGAUCGGACAUGCCACUGAACACCUUCGCGCGGUUCGUCCGGGUUGUGUGCCAAAGCAGCGCAGGCACUGACCUUCGCCUUUGGGAGCUCAAGGUCUUUGCGGAUGAGCUCGCCACGACCCCGAUGCCCACGUCUACGUCCACGGCAUCCACGGUUGCCACGACCACAGCAUUGCCAUCAACCACCACCGCUGAGGCAGUCACCACAGCCGGGACAAGCGCCACUGAAGCAGGCACCACCACUGAGGCAACGACAACUACUGCCGAGGCAGUGACAACUACAGCCGAGGCCAGCACCACAUCCGCCGCACCAACAACAACGCUGUACCUUGGGCCCAACUUGGCUUUGACGAAGCCCGUGCUGGCGUCCUCCUUCCGGUCCCCUACUGAGUACGCAUUCAGAGCAGUGGACGGAGACUCAGACACUCAGUGGGCCUCUGCUCCCGAGAGCGACCAGUGGCUAUGGGUUGACCUGCUGGGCGUGCAUGAGGUGCAUCGGGUUGUCGUGGCCUGGGGCUCGGAGUAUGCCUCGGAGUUUGUGAUCCAGACCGCCCCGGAUGGCAUCGUGUGGACGGAUGCAGCCACUGCCGCCGGGUUGCCUGACUUGGUUGCCACGGAGUUCCAGCCCCCUAUCCAAGCCCAAUGGGUGCGCGUGCUUUGCCGCACGAGCUGCAUCAUCCGCGAGCUCAGCAUUCAUGGAGGUGCGCCAACCACCACCACGACGCCGCCGCCACCAACCACCACAUCCACCGCGUCCAAGGCUGCGACAACCUCGGGCCAGAACGCAGUAUCCAGCGGAGUCGAGCUGGCUCUGGGGCAUCCCGUGCUUUCCUCUUCCCAGAGGUCGGCUCUCGAGCACGUGUCCAAAAUGGUGGAUGGUGAUGACAGUACUCAGUGGGCAUCUGCCGUGGGAGAGGCCGCCCCCUGGGUGUGGGUGGACCUCCUUGGAGUGUUUUCCGUUGCAGAGGUGGCGAUCCACUUCGGCGAUGACUAUGCCCUCCAGUACACCGUGGAGACCAGCGCCACGGGUGAUAAGUGGACUGCAGUGGCUAUCAAUGAGGGUCGGCCAAACGAAGUGGUAACCACGCCUCUUCCUGUAGGAGCACAAGCCAAGUUCGUCCGCCUUGUCUUCACAUCCCUGGGCACAUCCAGCUGCAGCAUCCGCGAGAUGAAGGUCUUUGAAGCCGGCAGUGCAGGAAGCCCGUCGGCUCCCAGUCAGAGCGUCGCCAAGGGCAAGCCCGUCCUCGCUUCGUCCCAGCUCAUCAACGACUUUGCCGCCCGAGCUGUGGACGACGUGACCAGCACCGUCUGGGCAUCGGUGCCGGUGGGUGAGCAGUGGAUCUGGGUGGACCUGCUGUCGAGCCACGACCUCAGCCACGUGGUGAUCUUCUGGGGCGACAACAUGCCCAGCAGCUACAACUUGGAGAUCAGCACCACCGGCGUUACCUGGGAGGUUGCACUGCACGACGUGCAGCCGGGCGCUGAGGUGCGGACCGACUUCCCACCCGACAUGAAGUCGCAGUGGGUGCGGGUCUACUGCAAGGGUGACCACGGCUGUAGCAUCAGGGAGCUACAGGUGUUCGGGAGUCCCACUGGGGCGCCCAGGUUCCUUCGUCAGAGACUGGAGGGCGAGGCCGCGCUGCCGGCAAUGUGGCCGUGGUGUGCGCUUUUCGCGGUUCUGUCUGCGGGCCUGGCCCACCGAAGACACACCAAGUGCGAGAGUUCUGCGCCUGAAUGCUUAGCCUGAGAUGCAGACCGAGCUUGUCAGUUUGUAUCCCGCAGAGAGUUUUGGUGCCUCGUGCACACCCUGCGCCUUUUCGCACUGCAAUUUGGCCGUGCUUGCGUGCUGACAAGGGCACGCGCAUUCCUGAAGGUUUGCACAUCUAGCUCGUUUUUGUUCUCAUUUUGUCCGAAGGGCCAGCUGCCGGUCUCGGAUCGCAUCGCAUGGCAUCGGACAUGAUUUUGUUUGGGUCUCUGAAAGCGACCGUCCAAAACCUGGAGGGAA